UUCCAGCACACGCACCAAACCGGUUCAGUGUCAGUGUGUGAACCAUGUCUUUGGACUUGAUUUUCCUGGAUUAGGAGCCACGGUGUGCACCGGAUUUUCUUUGCGGCUCCGCCCGGUGAGCGGUGCGGUCUGACUACUCAGAUCUCAGAGUUUUAUUGGAUUGACCGACAGCGGCGGGAGAGGACUGUCGGUACCCCACACACAGGACAAAGAAAACGGGGGGAAUUAAGGAAAAAGAUAAGAGUGGGAAAAAAGAGGAACGAAAAUGGAGAACUGUCUCCUCACAGUCGCAUUUAGUCUUUCAAUGCUCGGCGGGUGCUUGGCCCGGGUGGUGACGGUAUCUCCCGGUCCAUUAAUUCGGGUGGAGGGUCAGCCGGUGUCCGUCAGAUGCGAUGUCAACGACUAUGGGGGACCUCGUGAGCAGGAUUUCGAGUGGACGAUGUCCAGGGAUUCGAGCGGCCAGAGGAUAAGGAUAAUCUCCACCUUUGACGCCAGCUACUCCCACCCGUCGCUCAGCAAGCGCGUGGCGUCCGGCGACAUCUCAGUGGUGCGGCUCCUGGACAACGAGGUGGAGCUGAAGAUAGCGGAGGUGAAGGCGCUGGACGCCGGCAACUACUGGUGUCAGACGCCGAGCACCGACUCGGUCAUCAGCGGCAACUACGAGGCUCAGGUCCAGCUCACAGUCAUCCCCAACACCCUCAAGGUCUCGCCCCAGGCCCCGCCCCCCGUCGUCCCGGAAGGAAGUGACAUCACACUGUCCUGCAACGUCACCCGGGAGCUCACCCACCCCACCUACCUGUCUGUCACCUGGUCGGUGAAGAGGGGCGCGACGUCGGAGGAGAUUCUGACGUUCGGCCCCCAGGGAGACGUGGUCGCGGGGCCGAAGUUCGCCCGGCGCUACGCCGACGGAGGCAUCCGAUUGGUCCCCGGCAGGAACGGAUUGUUUGAACUGGUGAUUUCCAAAGUGACGUCGUCCGAUGAAGGGAUUUAUGAGUGCAACGGAACGGAAUGGACGCACGAAAAAGGAGGGAAAUGGAUCAAAAUCGUGGAGAGCACGAGAGAGAUGGGAACUGUUUCUGUCACUCCUACAGGUCAGUCCCUCAGCGUGAAGGCUUCAUCCUCCUCCUCUCCCUCCUCCACGGCUCUGCUUCUCUCCCCCGGUAACACGCUGGCCCUCCUCUGCUCCGUCGCUGCCGACAACCUGCCCGCCCUUGCCCUGGAAGUGACCUGGCUGGCGGACGGCCGCGACAUCAUCACCAUGGAGCGCAGCGGGGUGGUGGUCUCGAACGCGUCGUCGAGCGGCGCGCAAGGGAAGCGGGGGCAGGCGAGCCUGGAGCGGACGGGAGCUGGAGAGUACAGGCUGACGGUGACGGGGGUGAGCGGCGAGGACGGAGGGGCGUACGCCUGCCGCAUCCGAGCCUUCAUCGAGAAAGGAGGAAGGAGCGCGGGCGGGGGAGGGAGGUGGCACAUGGCAGCCGAGAAAACGUCCAGCCCUCUGACGGUGAAGGUGUCGCAGAUCAAACCAAGCUUCAUGCUGACCCUUGAACCCAUCCUGAACCCCCAGAUGACAGCAGAGCCCACAGAGCUGGCAUGUCAUGUGACCAACAUUACACAUUUGCCCCUGGGAGGCCGACUGAGCGUCAGCUGGGAGCACACCACACUUCCUGGUAUAGGGGAUGAUCCUCAGACUUCACAUCCCAUUGGCUCUCUGGACGGCCACGGCAACCUGUUGCCGGGAUCGAUGUAUUCUGACAGGCUUAAGAGCGGCGUGUUAUCUCUGACCAGAGUUCAGCCCAACACAUUUAAACUGCGAUUCCUCCGCACACAGGAGAUCGACAUGGGCCAGUAUGUUUGCACUGUGUCUGCUUGGAGUGUUAACAGCCAGGGAGACUUGGUGAAGGCCGCUGAGCACCAGAGCUCACCGCAGACUGUACAGUGGGUCACCAAACGCCCCUCUCUGAACGUUAUUGCCAAGCACAUUCGUGAAGCCUCAGUGGGUGGGGCUACCUUUGAGAUGAGCUGCACCGUGUCCACUGAGAACCUUGGGGAGGUGGGCUACUCAGUGCUCAUCCAAUCACAAGACAGCCUGGAGAGCAGCGUCAGAACCAUCAUGACUCUCAGCCCUGACAGCGUCCUGCAGCACGGAGGAGCCACGGACCCCAACAGGAGAGACAGUCUGGUUCUGACAAAGUCUGGUCCGACAGAGUUUCGGUUUCGCCUGGCGGGCGUCCAGUUGUCCGACAGAGGUUACUACUGGUGCGACAUCACGGCGUGGACCAAACAGCAGCCGGGACAAGCUUGGACCAGAUCCACCAGCGCAGAGUCGAACAAAAUCAAGAUCGACUUUCAAGAAAAUGGCCCGUCUUUCUCCAUCGCCAUCCAAUCAGAUGCCAGCAGUGUUUAUCCAUGGGAAACAGCCAAGAUGGCGUGUUCGCUGAGCGUCUCUGGAUCCUCGCCAAAGACUGAUGACCUGGCGUACGAGGUGCGCUGGCUGUUCACCCGGCUGCGAGGUGGAGAGACGACGACCCAGGUGGCCAGCGUCGACCGCUUCGGCGUCGUGAGGCGAGAGGCUCGGAACUCGUCCAGUGACGUUUCAAUAGAGCGCAAAGACACGCACACCUACAUGCUGAACAUCCACGGCACCCAGGACAGUGACAGCGGUGAGUACCACUGCAUUGCCACUCCCUGGUACCUGUCGGCCUCAACAGGAGCCUGGACCCAAGCUGGAGAGCUGACGUCGUCUCGGAUCUUCCUCACGGUCCGAUUUGCUGUGUGGGAGUCCCUGAAGUUACCUCUCCUGUAUGGUGUCUCAGCCUCAAUAGGUGUGGGCCUCUUCUCGCUGGUCCUGGGCCUGGUGUGCGCCCAGUGCUGCUGCCGCAACACCACGCACACUCCACGCUCGCGCAACAAGCUGAUGGACCUGGAGAUGGACUGACAAACAGCUUCCCCCGCUCCCACGCACUGCAGCGCUCACAGGAAACACCACGCACACAACAGACACACGCCCAUAGACGAUUUCUGGGACACCCAGUUGUUUCCGGGCGACGGGCGCUGGGAGUGACGUAUCGCCUUGGGAACCGAAGCCUGGCCGAUCGAUCACAGCGCUUUAAGAGGUGCCCGGGAUUUUCCAGCUCUGCAGUGGUAGAGCAGGGGACUGUUACCAGCACCGAGGGGGGAAAUAGCCUUUGACACUUUAAUUUCUAUGAAGAUCCAUUGAAAUCUGUGGCGCUUCCAGUGAUUUUUACACAGAUACAUCCGCUCUCCGGUACGACCAUAGUACGACAACAGACUCUGAAGAAUCCAGAGUAUAAUUUUCGAGGAACAGGAGGCUUCUGAGAUCUCCUGCCUCUUGGGAAUAAAGGACCACUAAACAGAUCUGCUGCCUCCGUAACCACCAGGGAUAACAAAUGAAGCGCUCAGGCUGGACUUCUACUUUUUUUUUUUUGCAGUUCUGAUGCCAAGGCUCGCUGCAAAGUCCAACCACUCCGUGUUCCCGACAGUAAGUGAGUCUCUCAGCAUAACAGCACACCGGCGCCCCCCUUGAAGAGCGGAAAUUUCAAGGGCCCGGCCGGGGGUUGUGAGAGACGGAAGUUCAUUUGCUCGUCUGAUUGAACAUGGUAUCUGCUCAUGUUAUUUUGUACUUGCAGAGACUGGCGGCUCAGGCAGCCUGAGCCUGUAUUUCUAUGGAGUAAUCGUCAUGUUUAUGCAGGCAGCACAAGUCCUAGAAAACUUAAGUGCUCCACGUUCUUUCCACACGAGAGGUAUUGCACUAGAACUGUCACCCCAGAGUAUUCCUACUUUAACAAAAGGACAAUAUUUACCUUUAUUCUCAGCUCUAGUUUUAAGAAAAUUGAGAGAUUUUAAAGUGAGAGACAUUUUUAAGCUUUACAAGGACAUAUGCAGUCAGUGUGUUUGUGUGUGAGAUAUACUGUACGUGGUGCCAAUAUUUGAACUAACGGAGGCGUGCUUGGUGCAUAUUGCCAGAUCAACACUUGAACAGCCGCUGAAAGUGGCGACAGCAAGCACUCGUCUUUUCUAAACAUUCAGAAUCGUAUCUUUGCCCGUCUCGUGUGUGUUACCGUGCGAGUGCUGUGCGAGACGAAGAUGCAUGUACUGUUUUCCGGCGACGCGCCGUCGUCGUCCACGAGCAACGCGAGCCUUUUCAAAGUCAGAGUCUCCUACGGCCGGAUUUUCCGACCUAGCCGUCUCUCAGCUAACGCGGACUCGUGUGCUCACACCGUGAGCAACAUGACACGUUACGACAGAGUUCGGGUGGCGCAAGAAACUCGGUUACUUCCACAGCUGCAGCAUUUUCAACAGGAAAGUGAUGCACGUUUCUCGGAUUCAGUUUUGCUUUUUAAUUGAAUAGCUAAACAUUUUGGGAAAUACGUUUUUUUUUUGUUAGAUAAUAAGAGCAUGGAGUCAGGAUGUGGUUAGCCUAGCUUAGCAUAAAGACUGGAAGCAGGGGGAAACGGCUAGCCCUGCUCUGUCCACCGCAGCCUCUAAAGCUCAAUGAUCAACAUGUUUGUUUCAUUUUGAUGGGAAAUUUCAUGCUGCAAAUAUUUACUUAUUGGGCGGAUGGAUAAACUGUCAACUCGUUCUAGCAUGUAACCACUCUUAAAACCACAAAUUGUCUGUUUUACAUGACUGUUUGUGCGCAGAGUAAAGAGACAGUGUCAGAAGUGCUGGACUUGAGCAAAAAGUCUGAAUGGCGAGCUAAGCUAACCACAUUCCAGCUUUGCAUUCAACACACAGACGGGAGGUUUCUAUCAAUAUUCUUAAGGAACUCUCCAAAAGAACACAAAUUAUCGUGUUUCCCCAAAUUUUUAGCUAUUCCUUUAAACAUCACAUGACUUCAUUGAGUUUAAUUGGCGGUCUAACAUACUGGGGAACCCUCUCGUUUGACGUCCUACUCCGACCGAAUCUGAAAGAUCUGUCCCUGCGUCUGAGAUUAGCCUAGCUUAGCAUAGUGCUGAGACAGGGAGCAGGGGGGAACCUGCGAAACGAGACCCAUCAGAAAUAAAACAAUUAGCCUUGAAAGAACUGAUUUCCAGAUUUUUACUGAAGCCAUAUAAAGCCUUACAGCGAACCCUCCUCUUCUACAUCCUCAUUUCCACACAUUUCACAUAACCAACCUAAUGAGACUCUUAAAUAGUUGGCAGGCGUGUCCUGUCACUUCUGGUUUAGCGAAGCAUUCUGCAUUUCUCUCAACGUCUGACUGGUCCUUCAGCAUCCCGAACUAGCAAGAAGAGCAACCAGGAAAGUGGUUUCAGCUCUCAGAUCCCUUUUCCAAAUCGCUCGAGAUGUUUUAUGCCCACAGCUGAACCGGGAAAUCAGAUCUGUAGAACAAAAAACAAAGCCGUCACCCGCUGAUCAAGAACAUCAGCUGUGCCCGACUUGUAUCAGCUGGCAUCCGUCGGGUCUUUGUGGUGUUUUUCUAGCAAACGAAUGAAUUGCGACUCCGGCAUCGUGCAGGCGGCUGCGUGAACGCACGCUCGCUGUUCCAGUCACGACACACUCAAAGCGAGGAGGUUUCUGUCCAAACCCGGCAGGAUCCAGGCAGACCUCCUCAGCCGGCCGGGGUUCGCUCGCUGUUUUAAGUCGUUUCUAACAGGUAUUUUAAGCAAUGAGCAAUAUCAGGAUGGAGUCAGGUCACACCUCAUGUAAAGCUGGACCCAUCACACGCUUUUCACCCUGCGUCAGAGCUCAAACACUCAAAGUUAGGAUCAGUUUAAAACAGAUCCUGAUCGCAUGUUCAAACUGUCACCCCGUCAGUCGUGACGAGGUGGCGCGAGACGUCCAAUCAGAACGCAAUACCCAAAUCUGUCGAUUAAUAAAUAUCUGUGACAGAUACUCAAUUUGAUAGUUGCACAAAUGAAUGAAAAGAACACCAGCUACACCAAGACAAACCUGUACAAAUGUUCUUUAUUUUGUCUUUUUUGGCUGAACUGAGCUGUUCAGAAGAGUUGAAUUUCCAACAGCAGCACUCGUUCCACGUCGAAAGCUGAGCUUAAGUUUUACCCAGAAACAGAAGGACGGGACGCCAGAGGGGUGCGAGAUCGCCGCUGCUGUUCGAUUUUCAAGAGGUUCAGCUGAAAGUCCACUUUGAGAAAUAUUUAUACAAUGUGUGUGUUUUGGCUUGAUUGAUGGUGACAGUUACUUCAGAAACUUCCAGUACGUCUCCAUAAACCCACUCCACAGGUAUGUGUGUGUGCCUCUCUGUGAUAGUGCUGUUGCAGUAUUCAAAAUAGGUUUGAUCGUUUCUACACACACACACACACACAUUUUCACAGUACUUGAGCACACAGGUGAAUAAUAGGGCUCUGUGCUGAAUGCUCUGAUUCAUAACACACACACACACACACACACACACACGUAGCAUUGACACACACCACUGAACAUGUCACUGCAAGACUUCCCCAGUGUCCUUUUUGUUUUUUCAUUUUAUUGCAAUGAGUGUGAUGAAUCAUGACGAUGUUUUUUAAAUAAAUAGAUUUGUAAGAUGUAUUCCUUU